CCCCAACCUUGGUCGAUCCUCCCAAUUUUCCACCUCCCUUUCCUCCCUCUACUGCCAUCACCCAUACAACCACCUACUCACCACCACCGACUUACCCCUACUAUUCAUCUGCCUUCACAUUUGAUUUCCCACACAGUUCCGCCUAUCGUUUCCUUCUUUCUUUCUCAUAGACCGCGUGUUUUCGUGCCUACUUAGCAACCUCUCCGACCGUCUCCUCCCUUUCGGCCUCGUCAUCCGUCUCUCGCUACCUCUCCCCCUUUAUCCACUCUCCUCCCGACCGUGCUCGAUCUUCGUCGGAACGCGUUGCCCUGCGCCCUCGUUAACCUGGCAGCGCUACUCUCAACACACGCAUAUUUCCCCUCAGUCUAGUCACCAUGGCUACGUUAGCGGAACACCCGGCUGUCGCGCCGUCAUCGUUCGACCAGGACAUCGAAUCCUUCCUCAACCUUGAUCAACUUGCCUACACCACCGCCGAGCCAGUCCGCUCGAAGACUGCCCUGGUCAGUCAACCGACCCUUCCAAGCACCGAGUUCAACGCAGGCGAAGUACGAAGUGCUGGUUUCGCUCAGACCAACCCACUACCAGUCGCAUACCAAGGCCCCAGUCAUCAGUAUGAUGAGCACAAGCAGCAAACCGGGCUCCCCCCGGGAGCGCUAGCUCACGCCAUGACUUUCAACAACCAUAUGAACGGAAUGGGCUACGGUGCUCCGAGCCCUGGAUACGCUAUGAACGGAGGAGACAUGUAUGCCGCCAACCAACUGAAGCGCGAGGAGGCUCCGUUGGAUUUCAACAGUCCCCCUAGCCGUCCCCACUCGGAGAUGGACCUGGAGUCCGACAGUAUGGGAACUGUUCCGGCUUACUUUAUUUCCCCAAACCCCAGCAACAAGAGUCAGUUUAUCGACCCCAACGCCUUGGGAGGCCAGGAGGUUGUCCCCGCGGGUCCAUCCACCCAGGUUGGCCGUAUGUAUCCGGGUAUGCACCAGCAGCAAGCUGCGAUGGCCAAGGCCGCCCAGCAGCAGAAGCAUCACGAACUCCUCCGUCAGCAGCAUAUCCAGCAACAGCGCCGUGUCGAGGAGCACAUGCAGCAGAAUGGGGCACCCCACAGUCAAACCCCUCGCCCCCCCAAUGCUGGCGUGGAUGAACGCAUCUCGCGCCUUCUACAGCAAAUGCGGCAAUCGGCUAUGAGCUCUCCUGACGGCUCGCCUUCUCCUUCUAUGUUGCCCCAGAUGGCCAAGGCCAAGAAGGAUGAGCAGGAUAUGGAUGAAGACGAGAGGCUCUUGGCCAGUGAAGAAGGCAAGAAGCUUAGCAGCAAGGAGCGUCGUCAACUUCGGAACAAGGUCUCGGCUCGUGCCUUCCGAUCCCGCAGAAAGGAAUACAUCGGCCAGCUCGAAAGUGAAGUUGCUGCCAAGACCAACGAAGCCCACGACCUUCGUCUUCAAAACCGUGCCCUUUUUGAGGAGAACGCUCGCCUCACUGACCUCGCCCGAAUGCUCCUGUCAUCCCCGAACUUUUCUCAGUUCCUUGAUGAGAUGGGCCCCAAUGGUGUUUCCAUCCCCAGCCAUGUGCAACCGCACCCGCACUCGCAGCACCACCAGCAUCCUCAACAGCCACAGCCCCAGCAGCAGCCGUCACAACAACAGGCGCCUCUGUCGCAGCCGCCCAUGCAGCAGCCCCAAGUUGGCAUGGUUAUGGUCCCCAACCAAGGACUUGAUGUUUCUGCGAUGGGACUGAACAACGGUGGCUGGAACUCGGGAAUCGACAUGAACUACGGCAAUGCUAAUGUCUUUGCCGUUCUGGAAGUCCCGGAGCCAGUCAUCGACACCGAAGCCCUCUCGAGAAAGUCGCCUAGCCUUGGGGAAUAUUGCCUUCCCAGCAUCCCCAGCUCGAAGGACGAGGCCCCUGUCCUGGAGUCUAUGCCGACUCUUGUCAAGGCAGAGGGACAGUCUACGAUCGGCGUUGAGAACCCGGAUAUUGUGAUUGACGAGUCCGACCCUGCCUUCGCUCUCUUUACGGACAACCCCGCCGCCUCCAUCUCCGAGUCCACGACUCUCUUCUCUGGUGUUCCCGCUGGCAAGACCACUCCUGCUUUUGAGCUCGUGGUCGCUGGCGAAGUCCGGGAUAGCAGCAAGCGCUUUGCUCAUCUCUGCCACAGCAUGGAAGCUGCGUUUGAACGUGUUUCCAUGAUGACUGCUCAUCUUUUAUGAUUCCCUAUAUUGCGCAAUUGAGCCUAUUCUAUAAUGUCAAGCUGGUUCUUCGUUUGCUACUUCUCCUUUUGCUAGUGUUUCAGGGCUCUGGACACUCCAUGUAGACACCAAUGUUUUUCCUUUGUCGAUGAUCUUGUGACUAUAUACUUUUAUUUGCUGCCCUUGGUCCUGGUCUCUGUUGGUUGCCCUCAUUUAUUACUUCUAUCUCUUUCUGUUCUUUGUUCGUUCUGGGGGGGUUUGACAGAUUUGGUUUUGGUGUAUUGUCAAGGGAAAGGUCUUACGGAGGGGAAUCUGGGAAUUCGGGUAUUGCUUGGACUGGCUGUUAAGGAAUACAAUAAAGACACAAAAUCGAAAUGAUCCAAAAAGUU